AUUUCUGUAAUUGUGAGAGAGACGGCCACACUGGUAGUUGCCCAUUAUCAACAUUUACCAAAAGAAUGAAUUUGAACAACGUCAAAGUUCCAAAGAUGCCCGGCGGCGGUGCAGCUUCUGCUUUAUUUAGGGUGGGAGUCAUUGGUGCACUUGGUUUGUAUGGUGCUGCUAACAGUCUCUACAAUGUCGAGGGAGGCCAUCGAGCCAUCAUGUUUAACCGUAUAGUUGGUGUGAAAGACCAGGUUUAUGCUGAAGGUACACACUUUAUGAUUCCAUGGUUUGACAGGCCCGUAAUUUAUGAUGUCCGUGCAAAACCCCAUCUUGUGGAGAGUAAUUCUGGGAGCCGCGACCUCCAGAUGGUGAGAAUUGGGCUUCGAGUUCUUACCCGCCCUGUGCCCGACCAGUUACCAACAAUUUACAGAGCACUUGGUGAGAACUAUAACGAAAGGGUCCUUCCUUCAAUUAUUCAUGAAACUUUGAAAGCUGUUGUCGCCCAGUAUAAUGCCAGCCAGCUUAUUACUCAGAGAGAGGCUGUCAGUAGGAAUAUUCGGGAAAUUUUGACAGCGAGGGCAGCCAAUUUCAAUAUUGCAUUGGAUGAUGUGUCAAUCACAAGCUUAACUUUUGGAAAGGAAUUUACAGCUGCAAUUGAAUCCAAACAGGUGGCUGCACAAGAGGCUGAGAGGGCUAAAUUUAUUGUGGAAAAAGCUGAACAAGACAAGAAAAGUGCCAUUAUCAGAGCACAGGGUGAGGCCAAGAGUGCACAGCUGAUUGGUGAAGCUAUUGCCAAUAAUCCGGCAUUUAUCACUCUCAGGAAGAUUGAAGCUGCCAGAGAGAUUGCACAUACUGUCUCGAAUUCAUCCAACAAAGUUUUCCUGAGUUCAGAUGAUUUGUUGCUGAACCUUCAGGAUAUGGAUUUGGAGCCUACUGGGAAGAAAUAGACAUAACAGGGCAUGGAUGAGCUGGAGCUGAAGCUUUUCUACACCAAUCUUGAACUUGAAUAAUUGAAAAUGGAAGCAACUGAAGAAAUCAGAAAGAACAAGGAGUAUGUGAAGAACAAGUCUAAAUCUGUGUCACAACCUAAACGACAGUUCCUGGAAGUAUCAAACUAAACUAACCUCAAUCAGAAGUUUUGAAAGGUUUCUAAA